UUCAUGGAAUGUAUGAUUGCAUAUUUCUUUAAAAAAAUAUUUAAACAUUUAAACUUUUUUUGUUGAACGUCAAAGAAGAAAAAAUCUUUAAAAGCAGGAAAAACUCUUUGUUUUUAAAUAAUCUUGCUCUACAAAGGAUAUUUCACUACCUAUUAAUUUAUUUGCGCUGAGUCACAAAAUAUAUUUUUGAAGAUGAAAGUAUAAAACGAACAGAACUGAAGCGGAUAGUGGAGCUCCUGUGGAAGCCCAUGCCAUCAGACGAAAAACUUCCUUUUGCUCAAAAAUCAAAGACUUUUUCUGACAAUGGUGCCAUAGCUAAAGAGUGGCCACUAAAAACUGCAGACGACAAUGGAGGAAUUCCGAAUAAAUUUCAGACAGAAGAGGAAGAGAAACCGAGUGAAAUGAGCACUCUAAGAAAAUUGUGUUUCUUCUUGUCGCUAAAUGUUGGAAUACUAUAUAUCGCCACUUUUGCCUGGAUUUUACCCUGCCGAGGACCAGAUUGUAUGUCCAAUAAUUCUGGAUGGACUCUUAAUUUUUCUGAUGUAUGGUUGACAACGAGUUUAGACACUAGCACUUCAACUUCUCCGCAGUUGCUGUUUUUCGGAUUCGUAAAUAAUCGAACCGGAAACUUAGCAGGCGUAGAAGUGACAGAUGGAAAGGAAGUGUGGACACGGGAAACGGAUUUCAUUCCACGCCAUAUCUUCUGUCAUUUUAAAACUGUAUUUGAUGCCAACGAAGAUAAUGUUCCUGACUGCCUUGUCAUUAGCCAUAACGCCAUUGAAGUUUUUAAUGUCUCAAAUGGAGAACCUUUGUGGCAGCAUGAUAUGCAUCAUUCUAGGUUAGAUAUCAUCACCUCUAUACAUCCAGCUACGCAAGGCAAUGGAAAUUCUUUUAUUGGUAUGUUUGGCAAGUCGCUGUUUGUGAUCGAAGGUUCUGGUAAAGAUGUGUUCGAGACCCCGACUCCUUGCUCAGAUGCUUUGGAAACGGAACUUUCCCCAGUGUUUGUGCACUCUAAUGACACCCUAUGGUACUUGAAGUGUGACUUUGGGGACGAAAUGGAAGUUUGGACUUUUCUGGAGCAAGAGUUGUUGAACUUCGCUAGAACUGGAGGACAUGCUGACGGUUUCAUGGGGUUUAGUCAAUUGUUGGGCGGGGACCACUACAACCGGUCGAUGGUACUCUCGUCUGACGUCACAGCUACGUCAGAUUCUCUUGCUCUCUCGUGGGCCAAUGCCGUCGUCAUGGUUACCAGUCAAGCACCUUUUCAUAGCAUCCCAAAGACGUGGGAGCGAUACUUGGUGGACCCUCUUGGCCUACCUCUCUCUAUCACGAGUAUAACGAAUGGACAUUUCACGAAUUCAAAAGAAGACGAAAUUGCUGCGGCUGCUCAAGUCGACUCAAUUGCAAACUUAUACAUUCUGAAGAAGGUAAACGGUUCCAUUGUAAAUUCAUUCUCACUCGGAAAAAGGAAGAUCAUUAAAAUCGAACGCAUGCCUGGAGCACAAAAUUUGGAUUCAUUGUUGGUGGAAUCAAUUCCAGAAGAACCGUCUGAUCAUUUUACAGUGAAUAUCUCCGAUCCGGAGCCCAUGAAUCUUCAAAGAUCUUACUUGCUGGUUGAUUUAAGUAAAACGAAAACCAGUGUCACGAAUGUUUUCGAAUCAAAUUCCGUCUUAGAGACAACUAUUUAUGCUGGCGAGAAUGGCAGCAAGGGUUUGUUAUUAGCAACUGAAACGACGGACGGCUUUUCACUCAUACGUAAACAAAUUUUGGAAAGGACAAUGACAGAUGAAAGCAAGUGUGAUAAUGUACAGCAAUUUGAAUUGUAAGACAAAGCAUAAAAUGCAAUUUUUUUU